AUGUCUAAAUGCACUUUUGCUCAACCACAAUUAGAAUACCUGGGCCACAUUAUUUCUGCAAGUGGUGUUGCUGCAGAUCCUGACAAGAUUACAGCCAUGGUCAAUUGGCCAAAACCUCAAACACUUAAACAGCUCAGGGGCUUCUUGGGUCUUACAGGCUACUACAGGAAGUUCAUCAAACACUAUGGUACCAUUUCCAGGCCACUUACUGACAUGCUAAAGAAGGACUCCUUCUCUUGGUCUGAUUCUGCAACUCAAGCCUUCUCUGCUCUCAAACAGGCCAUGACUUCUGCUCCAGUAUUAGCACUGCUAGAUUUCACUCAACCCUUUACACUUGAAACUGAUGCAUGCUCAGGAGGGGUUAGAGUUGUCCUUAUGUAG